AUGUUUCGCCGUCUUUGCCGACGCGGUGCGGUGAAUGUUGCCUCCCCGGCAUUCACCGACGUGAAGCUCACGGAGGCCGCCGUCCGCCGCGCCGGCAAGCAGGUGCAGGUCAAGUUUUCAGAUGGCUCCGAGUUCCUGAUGCAUGGCCUUUGGCUGCGCGAUGCGUGCCGCGACGCCUACUUCGUGUCCGAAUCAGCUGGUGAGCGUUACCUGGACAAGAUCGUGUUCAAGGCAAGCGGCGCCCACGCAGACGGAUGCGUCAAAGAAACCAGGGUGGUGGAUGGCAGCUUGGAGGCAGACUGGGCAUGGCUGGAGCCGUACUCUGGCUUUGCCGGGGUGCCCGCCCCGGACCUCCGCUGCAAAGCAUUGUUCAAGAACCAGGGCAUUCCGGACCAAUUCCAGCACCGCGAGUUUGAAUCCGUUAUGACGUCGGAAGAAGCAAACUUGGAGAUGCUGCAGAGCCUGAUGAAGCACGGAGUCAUAAUCAUGGACAACGUGACACCAGCAGAGGAUGCCAGCGUGCUCUUGCACUUCGCGAACCAGUGCUUGGGAGGAAUGCAGAAGGAUCCGGCCAGGGAAUCGCCGAACUGGAUCAUCCAGAAGAAGGAGUCGGCAAAGAGUGUCAGCUACGCUCAGACCGUCCGGCUGAACAAUCACACCGAUCAGUCGGUGGCAGCACACGGCGUCCCAGCCCUUCUCUUGGUCGUCAACUAUGUCCAUGGGACAGGUUGUAACACCCUCGUGGACGGCUACGCCGUGGCGGAGGCCCUGCGAGAACGCGACCCCGCUGCCUUCAAGCUCCUGUCCACGUAUGGCAACUGCCAGGAGAGGGACUUCAUCAGGUCCAGGGUUGACUCAGCACAGGAGGGCACGCAGACCAUGCUCAUCACGACCAAGCAGCCCAUCAUCCAGACGGACCCUGCUGGAGGCAUUGUGCGCAUUCAGUACAACGAGGUCUUCAGAACACCGAGCACGGUGCCCUUCGAGCACUUUGAGGAGUGGUACAGGGCAUACACCCUCUUUAACGAAAUGAUCCAUGGCCCGGAGUUCGAAGUUCAGGUGCCCAUCGGCAAGGGUCAAAUGCUCAUUCUGGACAACUGGCGGGUCUUGCAUGGCCGGGCCGGCGGAAAGAGCAGUCAUGACCGGGUCAUCAUGGGCGGCACCGUUGUCAGGGAGGCCUUCCACUCGAGAGCAAUUCGCCUGAUGGGUGCCCAGUACCCUGUCAGCGACUAUGUGGACCUCUGA